AUUUUCACAUUAGUUCUACCCGACGAAGCUCUAACCAGGUCUAUUGCAACCAGGACUUGACCACAAGACAUCUAACUUGUAGAGACAGUAGGCUAAUAUUUGUCUCGGGUUUGUUUAGUCGGAAAAGCCUAUUAUUUAAGAAAUAGGCGGACGCCCUUUCGGUGGUGCUGAAGAUAGGAGGACUUGGCUGAUCUACGAGUGAGGAGAAUCAGUACACGAACCCACACUUAUCUGCCCCGUCUUGUCAGCUUUAUGAUAUCAGGUGCUUUCGCUAAGGCAGCAGUCUGAGCUGAGGCAGGAUAGCAGGAUGCUGUGGGUGGAGUGUAGGAUAGUGGACGCCCUGCGUGGGAGAAGACGGAUGAGGGCCACGGCCGUCAAGCUGCCCUGCUCCUUCUGGUUCCUCCUGCUGUUCGGGGCCGGAGGCCUUGUCCUCUUCAUACACCUCCAGGACCUCUCAGAGAUGGUCCAGCAACAGGCUCCAGGUGUGAAGCUAAGAGGAACAGCUCGGCAGUCCAGAGAGGCGCUGUGUACUCAGGACAGUGAGGGUGUGAGAGUCAGCCCAGGCCAGGACCAGAGACCGGCUGUGGAAGGCCUAACCAGCCCCAUCCCCCCCAUGCAGUUCCCUGCCUUCCAGUGGACCAGACAUUCAGCCACCCCUGGCUCUAGGGAACAGGACAUGGGCUCCCUGCGCGUCACCAAGCGCCACAGGAAACUACUGAAAACCAGCCCUGUGGUCUCUAACAACUCACACAACUCCUCCUCAUCCUCCUCUGGUUCCCCGGACUCUCCUGAGGAGAGCUGGCAGUGGCACAGACUGUCCCACAUCCAGGAAGCUCGGCGGAGGCUGAUGAAGGAGGUCUGUGCCAAGUACAAGAGCAGCAUCUCCAGGACCAUCACACCUCACCACGUGUCCCGGAUCUAUGUGGAGGACAAGUACAAGCUGUUGUACUGCGAGGUGCCCAAGGCGGGCUGCUCCAACUGGAAGAGGAUCCUCAUGGUGCUGUCUGGCCUGGCGUCGUCCACCCACGAGAUCAAACACGACGCUGUCCACUACGGCAACCACCUCAAGAGGCUGGACAGCUUCGACCGCCAGGGCAUCACGCAGCGCCUGGAGACCUACACCAAAGUCCUGUUUGUCCGCGAACCCCUGGAGAGGCUGGUGUCCGCCUUCAGGGACAAGUUUGAGAACCCCAACACCUACUAUCAUCCUGUAUUCGGGAAGCCCAUCAUCUCCAAGUACAGGGUGAACGCCUCCAAGGUGGCCCUCAGGACAGGCAGCGGAGUGACCUUCCAGGAGUUCAUGCAGUAUCUGUUGGAUGUGCACAGGCCUGUGGGCAUGGACAUUCACUGGGAGCCUACCAGCCAGCUCUGCAGCCCCUGUCUGCUGGACUACAACUUCAUCGGCAAGUUUGAGACCAUGGAGGAGGAGGCUAAUUUCUUACUACGUAGAACUGGUGCCCCGCAUAACCUCACCUUCCCCAGUUUUAAAGACAGGAACCCCAAGGCUGAGAGGACUUCAACUCAUUUAACCCAUCGCUACUUUGCACAGCUCAGCACUUCAGAGAGACAGAGAGCUUAUGACUUUUAUUACAUGGACUACCUUAUGUUUAAUUACUCCAAACCUUUUAAAGAUUUGUAUUGAUUGUCUCUCUGAUCUCUGUUUGAGUCCUCAAAUCUCCCCUGGCUUUAAGUGGAGGAGCGCACCAUAAAAAUGACUUCCUUUUUACAAGUAUUACUAGAAGAUCAUCACAUGAAAACAAUGUCUUGGUCAGGCAUGUCAAUGUGGUCCUGUACUAUAUACCGGUGACUAACUGCAAAACUACUCACAAACAAUGUAUCACUGCACAGUCAGUGACGUGAAAAGACAGUUCCAUGCUUUAAAAUGUGUUACGUGAAGAGGUACCCACCUAUCAUUUUUUGCACUUGGUGUAGCAAAUUCUUUCAAAUUCUCUAAAAACGUAUUGACUACUGCUGGAGAGUGUGUCUGGACAGUCUUAUAGGGCAGCAUCCCCCUGAAGCAUCGCUAAGUACUACUUUACCACACCAUCCCACUACCCUUUAGAAUACACAUCCUCAUCACUGCCAUCAAGGCUUUUUCUGACACUAAUAUUUAAAAACUGUACAAAGGGCAUUCAGAUGACUAUAUAUAUUUUUCUAUGUAUUUCUAUAAUGGAUAUAUUCACUGCUUCUUUGUGGGGAUUUUAAUUUCUGAUAUAACUGAUUGAUAUUUCAUUAAUUAUAUAGUGAGUGUGUGUAGAGAAUAUCUGGCUAUAUUUAGGCCUCUUGGGUCCCCCUGUACAUCAGACCCUGUAAAACACGUGUCAAACUCAUUCCAUGGAGGGCCAAGUGUCUGCAUGUUAACAUUCUGGUUAACACAUGGACAUGUAGAAUUCCACUCCAAUCUUUCGCAAAUUACCCAAUAAGCCCCUGCAGUGAAAUAUCACUGCAGUGUUCGGGGGAGCAGAACACUGACACCAUCUCUUAUACUGACACUGACAAAGUCACAAGGCAGCGUAUCCUACCCAACUCUGCCUCUGUGUGUGUGUGUGUGUGUGUGUGUGUGUGUGUGUGUGUGUGUGUGUGUGUGUGUGUGUGUGUGUGUGUGUGUGUGCGUGUGUGUGUGUGUGUGUGUGUGUG